GUUUGGGCAUGGAACAUUCAUGGUUUGUUUGGAAAACAUUUACAAGAAGAUCACUGGCAAAGAUCUGAAAUACGAGGCCUUAAUGGGCAAACCUAGCAAACUGACCUACCAGUACGCGGAAUACCUCAUCAGGGCUCAGGCAGCAGAAAGACAGUGGAAGCAACCUAUUCAAACUCUCUAUGCUGUCGGAGAUAAUCUCAUGACUGAUGUCUAUGGUGCUAACCUUUACAAUCGCUAUCUGGAAGAGAACUCCAGGAAAGGUUCAAAAUCACGGAUUCAGGCCAAAGUUGCUGGUGGCAGAGGAUCUGCCACUGUCUCUCAGGACGAUGAAUUAGACAACAGUUGGGAGACUGAAUUAGCAUCUGCAGCUGCUGCCCGUUGUAGAUCUGUUCUUGUUUGUACUGGGGUUUACAACCCUCACACAGAGGUACCCUUGGAUACCAGGGAGAGCAUAACUGAAACAGUGUUCCACGGCCACAGAGAUUUUAGAUUUGAUUCUGGUUUGGUAGAACCAGAUCAUAUUGUACCAGAUGUUGAUGCUGCUGUAGACCUGGUCUUCCAGCUGGAGAACUUUGCACCUAAUUGA